AUGGGCAAAUAUUUCACAAAUCCGGACGAAGAUCUUUUUAAUCCUCUGUGUCCGGAUUUACAUGUACCAGCUGAGUAUCUAAGAGUCUGGCGCAUACACGAAGAAAAAGGAUCGAUUCAGUUGCAGCAAGUUGAGACCAAUGAAAAUUCCUACGGUGUAUAUUUGUGCUGCUUCAAAACAACGACCAACAUAGAGUCGCUGAAUGCUUUGAAUGGGGUGGCUAGUACGUACUUUACUGAUGCGAUCCAAGCAUAG